AUGUCUGAUGACGAUGAAGAUAUAAUCGUACUCCAAGUUUGUGCCAACAAACGGUGUUUGGGUAUUGAGGACCUCCAAUUCGAUGAGGAGAGUGGCGAAAUGUACUGUGUGAAUUGCCGUGAGUUGUAUGCCCGCACAGAGAAGGAAGGUUUCCGGCUGCUUUUAAACGAUGAGGAGCUGCCUGUUAUAGCCAUGAUUUUUAAUUGCUUUGACGGGGGCAAAGGGUACUGGACCUACAUGGACUUUGACCGGUUUCGGAACUAUACAGAACACUCCAAUGAGGCCGCUAUAGACGGCCACGAGGCCCUACGAGACUUCUUCAAGGAGGAGUAUGACAUUGAGAUUUCCAAGGGCGUAACAGGAGAGUACGUAAUACUCAAAGAGAAUUUGGAAGACAUGUAUGGAGGGUAUAUCUAUAAUAACACAAAUGCGCUUAAUGCAGACUGUGAUUUGUUAGAGGAAGCCGGGAUGAUCCACACGGAGACGCUGGAAUAA